UUACAAAAAUUAAAAACAAAACGAAGGUGUUCAGCUUAGUAUAGGAGUACAUACGUAUUGUAAAGAUCAGUUUAGUAAUGAAUUGGGAAGUGUGAAGGUUCAAAUCAUUAACGUAUCUCAUGAAUUUUACAAAAAAAAUUUUCUAUGAUGACGUCUAAAUUACGGUAUUUAUGUUCAACUUGUGUUCAUUACAAAUUAUACAUUAGUUCUUUAAAUUCAUCUCGAAAUUUUAGUAAGUUUAAAUUUUUGAUCCAUGGUCAGCAAGUAGAGAAUAUUCUUAACCAUAGAAAAAUACAUUCAUCUGCUUGUUCACGAAAUAUUGACGAUUCAGGGUCAGGGAGGAAAGGAGAGCACACUGGCAUAUUAUGUCCAAAAUGCAAAAAUUCAAGUUCAAAUUUAGAAUUUUUUCUGACUACUAAUCGAUUUUUAAGAUGCCAAAAGUGUUUUCACAUUUAUAAAGUUAUAUCUUCAGAAGAAAAUAAUUUAAAAGAUGUAACUAGUGAAGAAAAGAAUAAAUAUCAACCUCCUCCAAUACCAAAAGAAAUUUAUGAAAAUUUAAAUAAAUAUGUGAUAGGACAAAAGUUAGCUAAAAAAGUGUUGUCAGUUGCAGUAUACAAUCAUUGUAAACGUAUUCUUCACAAUAUGACGUCAUUACCUAAACAUGAUUUAAUUGACCAACGGUUACUAGAUAAUAUGCAUAAUUCCAGAGAACAUUUUUCUGUUAAUCAUUCACUUGGAAUGUCACAAACAGAAGGUUCAAACAAAAAUGAUGCAGAUGAUAAAUUUUCUUUUUUACUUCAAGAUACACUUUUAGAAAAAAGCAAUAUCAUACUACUAGGGCCUACUGGAUGUGGCAAAACAUUAUUGGCCCAAACUAUUGCCAGACAACUGGAUGUACCAUUUGCAAUUUGUGACUGUACAAAUUUAACACAAGCUGGUUAUGUUGGUGAAGAUAUUGAAAGUGUGAUUGGAAAACUUUUACAAGCAGCAAAUUAUGAUGUUGAAAAAGCUCAAACUGGAAUUGUGUUUUUGGAUGAAAUUGAUAAAAUUGGUGCAGUACCUGGAAUACAUCAAUUAAGAGAUGUUGGAGGUGAAGGUGUUCAACAAGGCAUGUUAAAGAUGCUUGAAGGAACUAUAGUCAAUGUUCCAGAAAAAAAUAACCGCAAACUACGAAAUGAAACUGUACAAGUGGAUACUACAAAUAUAUUAUUUGUGGCCUCUGGCGCUUUUACUGGACUUGACAGACUUAUAAGUCGCAGGACAAAUCAAAAUAGCCUGGGUUUUGGUACUGGAUUUGAAACUUCUAUGGGCAGUAGAAGAGAAGCAACUGAUGCAGAUCGUGUUGCAUCUGCUGUUGAUCAUACUGAUAUUGAAAAAGAAAACGAAGAAAGAGAUAGUUUAUUGAAAAAAGUUGAGCCGAGAGAUUUAAUUCAAUUUGGUAUGAUUCCUGAAUUUGUUGGUAGAUUUCCUGUGCUUGUACCUUUCCAUUCUCUUAACAGGAAUUUACUUGUUCAAAUUUUAACUGAACCUAAAAAUAGUACUAUCAAGCAAUUUAAACUGCUCUUUGGUCUAGAUAAAGUAGAUCUAACCUUUACAGAUGAUGCUCUUCGAGCUAUAGCAGCACAGGCAUUAGAAAAAAAGACAGGAGCUAGAGGAUUACGAGCAAUAGUGGAGUCUAUUCUUUUGGAUCCAAUGUUUGAGAUACCUGGGUCGGAUGUUGUAAGUGUUCAUGUAACAGAAGAUGCAGUAAAUGGAAAAAAUAAUCCUUAUUGUAUCAGAGGACGUCCAAUUGAUGAAAGUGAAGCAAAUAUGGAUACAAGAGCAGAAGUUGAAUAACUUUUUUUAGUUAUCAUUGUUUAUAUAAAUUUUAAAAAUGAUUAUGUCUUAAAGUCAUAAUGUUGGGUUCUUGUUUCAAAAUUUAUUUCUAAUGAAAAAUAUUUUGUGUUUAUUUAACUUUUAAUUUAUCCUAGUAUAACUAGCCAUUAGAUAUAAAAAGAGAUAUAAUUAAAAUUAAUAUAACAGUUUUAUAAUAAAUUUUAUGUAAAGUUUAAUAAUUUGUUUUAUUUGUUUACCAUUUUACAUGCUUGAGCUUGAAUGUUUAAUUUAAUUUAUAUAAAAUAAAAUAAAAUAAAUUAUUUAUUGUAAUGAC